AUGAUCACUUACAGCUUCUGUGACUUUUUUCUCCAGUGCUUUGAACUCUGUUUUGGAGCUGAUGUUGUGGUAACAGGAGCAGCUGUGGCAUUUGUGGGUGGGGCAGCUGUGGCGUGUGUUGGUGGGUUAGCUGUGGCGUUUGUUAGUGGAGCAGCUGUGGCGUUCGUUGGUGGGGCAGCUGUGGCAUUCGUUGGUGGGGCAGCUGUGGCGUUCGUGGGCGGAGCAGCUGUGGCAUUAGUGGGUGGAGCAGCUGUGGCAUUCGUAGGCGGAGCAGCUGUGGCGUUUGUCGGUGGAGCAGCUGUGGCAUUCGUUGGUGGAUCAGCUGUGGCAUUUGUUAGUGGAGCAGCUGUGGCAUUUGUUGGCGAGGCAGCUGUGGUAUUUUUUGGCGGAGCAGCUGUGGCAUUUGUUGGUGGUGCAGCUGUGGCGUUUGUUGGUGGAGCAUCUGUAGCGUUUGUUGGUGGUGCAGCUGUGGCAUUUGUUGGUGGAGCAGCUGUGGCAUUACUGGCCGGAGCGGCUGUGGCAUUCGUAGGCGGAGCAGCUGUGGCGUUUGUCGGUGGAGCAGCUGUGGCGUUGGUUGGUGGAGCAGCUGUGGCAUUUGUUAGUGGUGUAGCUGUGGCAUUUGUUGGCGGGGCAGCUGUGAUAUUUGUUGGUGGAGCAGCUGUGGCAUUUGUUAGUGGAGCAGCUGUGGCAUUUGUUGGUGGGGCAGCUGUGGCGUUCGUUGGUGGGGCAGCUGUGGCGUUCGUUGGUGGGGACACUGUGGCAUUUGUUGGAGGGGCAGCUGUGGCAUUAGUGGGCGGAGCAGCCGUAGCAUUAGUUGGCGGGUCAGCUGUGGCGUUUGUUGGUGGGGCAGCUGUGGCAUUCGUGGGCAGAGCAGCUGUGGCGUUUGUCGGUGGGGCAGCUGUGGCGUUAGUGGGUGGAGCAGCUGUGGCAUUAGUGGGUGGAUCAGCUGUGGCAUUUGUGGGUGGAGCAGCAGUGGCAUUUGUGGGUGGAGCAACAGUGGCAUUUGUGGGUGGAGCAGCCGUAGCAUUCGUGGGCGGGGCAACAGUGGCAUUUGUGGGUGGAGUAGCUGUCGCAUUUGUGGGUGGAGCAGCCGUAGCAUUCGUGGGCGGAGCAGCUGUGGCGUUUGUUGGUGGAGCAGCUGUGGCAUUAGUGGGCGGGGCAGCUGUGGCAUUUGUCGCUGGAGCAGCUGUGGCAUUAGUGGGUGGAGCAGCUGUGGCAUUCGUAGGCGGAGCAGCUGUGGCGUUUGUCGGUGGAUCAGCUGUGGCAUUUGUUAGUGGAGCAGCUGUGGCAUUUGUUGGCGGAGCAGCUGUCGCAUUUGUGGGUGGAGCAGCCGUAGCAUUCGUGGGCGGAGCAACAGUGGCAUUAGUGGGCGGAGCAGCCGUAGCAUUAGUUGGCGGGUCAGCUGUGGCGUUUGUUGGUGGGGCAGCUGUGGCAUUCGUGGGCAGAGCAGCUGUGGCGUUUGUCGGUGGGGCAGCUGUGGCGUUAGUGGGUGGAGCAGCUGUGGCAUUAGUGGGUGGAUCAGCUGUGGCAUUUGUGGGUGGAGCAGCAGUGGCAUUUGUGGGUGGAGCAACAGUGGCAUUUGUGGGUGGAGCAGCUGUUGCAUUUGUGGGUGGAGCAGCCGUAGCAUUCGUGGGCGGAGCAACAGUGGCAUUUGUGGGUGGAGUAGCUGUCGCAUUUGUGGGUGGAGCAGCCGUAGCAUUCGUGGGCGGAGCAGCUGUGGCGUUUGUUGGUGGAGCAGCUGUGGCAUUAGUGGGCGGGGCAGCUGUGGCAUUUGUCGCUGGAGCAGCUGUGGCAUUAGUGGGUGGAGCAGCUGUGGCAUUCGUAGGCGGAGCAGCUGUGGCGUUUGUCGGUGGAUCAGCUGUGGCAUUUGUUAGUGGAGCAGCUGUGGCAUUUGUGGGUGGAGCAGCUGUCGCAUUUGUGGGUGGAGCAGCCGUAGCAUUCGUGGGCGGAGCAACAGUGGCAUUUGUGGGUGGAGUAGCUGUGGCGUUCGUUGGUGGAGCAGCUGUGGCAUUUGUUGGCAGUGCAGCUGUGGCAUUUGUGGCCGGAGCAGCUGUGAAAAAAGCAGAUUCUGUGUUAGUGGAAUGUAUCCAUCCAGAGAGCUGUGACAAGAUUUGUUAA